GCCACGCAAUCUUUAACGUCACCAACGAAACAGCGUCAAAAUGGCGUCCGAAGGUCUAUGGGAGGACAGAGAUGUCCGUUUUGACAUCAAUCCACAGCAAAUGAAGAUGCGACCUGGUGAAAAACUGAUUGAUGCCCUGAAUGCCGUUGAAGAUACUAAAGGAAACAAUGGAGAUCGCGGUCGUUUGAUGGUCACAAACCUGAGAAUUAUAUGGCAUUCCUUGGCUCUGCCCAGAGUAAAUUUAUCCAUUGGUUUCAACUGUGUCAUCAACAUUUCAACAAAAACAGCCCAGUCAAAGCUUCGUGGUCAAACCGAAGCGUUGUAUGUUUUGACAAAAUGUAAUAACACACGGUUUGAGUUCAUCUUUACGAAUCUCAUUCCUGGUUCUCCAAGACUCUUUACAACUGUCAUCUCCGUCCACAGAGCAUAUGAAACAUCCAAGCUUUAUCGCGAUUUGAAGCUACGAGGAGCGCUCAUUCACAACAAACAGCUUCGACUUUUACCACAAGAACAAGUUUACAACAAAGUGAAUGGAGUGUGGAAUCUCUCCAGCGACCAAGGAAAUCUGGGGACAUUUUUCAUUACCAAUGUUCGACUGGUUUGGCAUGCCAACAUAAAUGAAUCCUUCAAUGUCAGCAUUCCAUACUUGCAGAUGAAAUCUGUAAAAAUUCGUGAUUCAAAGUUCGGACUUGCCCUCGUGGUCGAGAGUUCUCAACAGAGUGGAGGUUAUGUUCUUGGGUUUCGAAUUGACCCAACAGAAAAGCUACAUGAUGUUGUAAAAGAAAUUCAGAGUUUACACAGAGUGUAUAGUGCUUGUCCGAUAUUUGGUGUGGAGUUUGAGUCCGAAGAAAAAAUUGAAGGAGCAGAUGAUAUGGGGGUAGAUUAUCAGCAGGAUGAUGUUGAAAUUGAGGCUGAUAAUUCCUCAGACGCCUAUGCUGCAUACUUUGCAGAUGGAAACAAGGAUAAAGACAGAGAUCCAGUUUACUGUGAAGAGCUGGGACUUGCAAUAGAAAAAUUAAGAGAUGGAAUCACCUUGCAAGCUCUUUGGGAUGUGCUUGCUUAAGUAUACAUGCUGGUUUAUAUAAGAGACCUUUCAUCACUGUACAUGUCUGUUUUAGUGUAUUAUUUAAUAGAUGUCCAAUAAAAUUAUCAAAAAAUUA